AUGCUCAUGUCAGUGCCAUAUCUGGCACGCAGGCUCAGUGGCUUUGGUUUCUCCUUCCUUAGCCUCUGCUUCAUUCUGCUUCUUCAAAGAGCCACAGGCACAGGGAGGGAACUGAAGUUUGUGGUGACGGUUUACCGACAUGGCGACAGAACUCCCAUUUCAACUUUUCCCACGAACCAAAUCUCAGAAUCCGCUUGGCCACAAGGAUAUGGACAACUCACCAGGGAAGGAAUGAAGCAGCAGCAUAAACUUGGGCGAUACUUACGGAAGCAAUAUGGAAAAUUGUUAGCCACUGAAUACAAACGAAAGGAAAUUUAUGUAAUAAGCACAGAUGUUGAUCGAACUAUUAUGAGUGCUCAAACCACCCUAGCUGGCCUUUAUCCUCCCACUGGGAGCCAAAUAUGGAGCCAUCGCAUUACUUGGCAGCCUAUUCCAGUUCAUACUGUGCCUCGUAAGGAUCGGCUAUUGUCCUAUCCGAACCUUGAAUGUCCACGAUUUUAUAAACUUCUGAAGGAAACCAUGGAUUCAGGUGCAUUCAAGCUCCAACUGAAAAACUAUAUGCCUUUCUUAGCUCAAAUAGCACCUAAAACUGGAUAUGAUGUGAAAGCUCUUCUGGAUCCAAAAGGUCAAAUACUCUGGAAUAUAUAUGAUGCCUUACUUGUUCAGGGGAUCCAUAAAAAAAGUAAUCCAGCCUGGGCAGACAAGGCGACUUUGGACAAAUUUAAAUCACUGCUGGAGAUAGUCAUAAGCUCAGUCUUUGGAGAGCCCAAAAGAGAAGAAAAAUCACGAACACAAGGAGGUCUCCUUGUGAAAGCUGUUUUGGAAGAGUUGGCAAACGCAGCUAGCAAACCCGACUACAAAAAAAUGAUGAUGUAUUCAGCACAUGAUAUGACAUUAAUUGCCCUUCAAUCAGCCCUGAAUGUAUAUGAUAAAAAGUUACCUCCUUAUGCUGCCUGCCACAUUUUUGAGCUCUAUAAAGAACCAAAUGGGCAAUACACUGUUGAGAUGAAGUAUCUGACCAACAUUGCCAAAGACCCUACUCCACUCACAUUGCCGGGCUGUUCAAAAGCUUGUCCUCUUGACAAAUUUAAACAAUUGGUUGCUCCUGUCAUACCGGAUGACUUGCAAGGAGAAUGCAGCAAGGUGUAG